CCCAUCGUUGGUGCCAGUGGGAAGAAUAGUGCCCCAUCCUUUGUGCCAGUGGGAAGAAUCGUGCCCCAUCCUUGGUGCCAUGGGAAGAAUCGUGCCCCAUCCUUGGUGCCAGUGGGAAGAAUCGUGCCCCAUCCUUGGUGCCAGUGGGAAGAAUCGUGCCCCAUCCUUGGUGCCAGUGGGAAGAAUCGUGCCCCAUCCUUGGUGCCAGUGGGAAGAAUCGUGCCCCAUCCUUGGUGCCAGUGGGAAGAAUCGUGCCCCAUCCUUGGUGCCAGUGGGAAGAAUCGUGCACCAUCCUUGGUGCCAGUGGGAAGAAUAGUGCCCCAUCCUUGGUUCCAGUGGGAAGAAUAGUGCCCCAUCCUUGGUGCCAGUGGGAAGAAUAGUGCCCCAUCAAUAGUGUCAGUGGGAGGAAUAGUGCCCCAUCAAUGGUGUCAGUGGGAGGAAUAGUGCCCCAUCAAUGGUGUCAGUGGGAGGAAUAGUGCCCCAUCAAUGGUGUCAGUGGGAGGAAUAGUGCCCCAUCAAUGGUCUCAGUGGGAGGAAUAGUGCCCCAUCAACAGUGUCAGUGGGAACAAUAG